UUCACUUUGAUGACACUCGACUCCGCCUGCUUCUUGGUGUUUCAAACUGAGGACCUUUACCAUGUCUACAUAAUUGUACAGCAGGAUUGCAUGUCAAAGAUCAGAGAUGGAUGAAUCUUUCUUUGCAACUUUCACAGUUCCUCUAAUUGCAGGAGCUGCUGCUGGCACUACUUCUGAUGCUGUGCUCUUUCCAAUGGAUACAAUUAAGACACGUUUUCAAAGCAGCAAGGGAUUCCUUAGAGCUGGCGGUUUCCACAGAAUGUAUGCCGGCAUCUUACCUACAGUUUUAGGCUCUGCACCAUCAGGUGCUACUUUCUUCUGCACAUACGAGCUGACGAAGACACUGAUAGGACAGUUUCUACCUAAUGUUCAUGCUCCGUUUAUGCACAUGCUCGGUGCUACUGCUGGUGAGAUAGUGUCCGAUAUAGCUCGAGUACCAUUUGAACUUGUAAAGCAGAGAUUGCAGGCCAACUGUCAUUUGAAAGCCUCCUUUGUUGUACGAAACAUCCUGGCCACUGAAGGUCUAAGGGGUUUGUUCAGAGGAUACUUCUCCACCGUUACCAGAGACAUUCCCUUCUCUUUCAUACAGUACCCACUGUGGGAGCACUUGAAGUCACUCUGGGCAGCCAGACAAGGUGGACCCACUGAGCCAUGGCAGGGAGCAGUGUGCGGCAGUGUGGCCGGGUGCACUGCAGCUGUCAUAACUACACCCCUGGAUGUCGCCAAGACCAGGAUUAUGCUCGCUGAUGCAAAAGGGGUAGAGGUCACUUCAUCUUUACCACAGUUGAUUGUAACCAUUGGGAGGAAUGAAGGGAUCACCAGUUUAUUCUCUGGGAUUGUCCCUCGUAUGAUUUGGAUAGGGAUCGGAGGCUUCACGUUUCUAGGGACAUACGACUUUGUCAAACACCAUUUACUUGCAUUCGAAAUCAGUAGAUACCCUUAAUUUUCACCAUCAUGAUAUU